ACUUUUUUACCUUUAACAACAAUAUUUUUUUUCUUUACUUGUAUCAAUAUGGUGUGACAGAUUAACAGAUAACAUUAAUCUUUGAUCCUAAACUACAUUCAACGAAAUAAAAAAAAAGGUAACCACGUUAGUCAAACCUAUUUAUGUAGUCAUUCCUCAUCUCUUAUUCACAUCUUUGCUUAUGGCACUGAACAAGAAUCACUCCUACAACAACAAGCUUGGAUAUGAAGCUCUCCCACCUAUGAAAGCCCUGGCUGAAACACUUCAACACCAACCACAACCUUCUUCCUCAGACUAUGCUUUUCCAAUAUUUGUCAUUGUUGUGCUCAGUAUCUUGGCCACUGUUUUGCUGCUCCUCAGCUACUUCACUUUCUUAACCAAAUACUGCUCAAACUGGCGUCAAGUUAACCCAAUGAGAUGGAUUUCCCUCCUGAGAAUACGACACAAUGAGGAUCCCUUCAUAGCAUUCUCUCCUGCUAUGUGGAACCGAGGGCUAGAUGAGUCUAUCAUCAGAGAAAUCCCAACUUUUCAGUUCAUAAAAGGAGAAGAAGGUGAGGAUCAAAGUGUGUAUGGCUGUGUGGUUUGUUUGGCUGAGUUUAAGGAACGUGAUGUGCUAAAAGUUCUUCCCAAUUGCAACCAUGCCUUUCAUUUGGACUGCAUUGACGUGUGGCUUCAGGCCAAUUCCAAUUGCCCACUUUGCAGAUCAAGCAUUUCAGGCAACACACACUGUCCGUUGGAUCAUAUCAUAGCUCCAAGUUCUUCUCCUCAGGAUUCUCAGUUGCUCUCCAAUAUGGGUAGUGAUGAAGAUUUUGUGGUUAUUGAACUGGGGGGAGAGCCUGGAGCAAUGCUUCCACAGGUACAACAAGAGAGGAAUGACUCAAGGGGAAGCUUGGCACAUAGAAACCACUCUACAAGGAAGGUGGAGCACUUGAAACCAUGGAAGUGCCACCAUGUUUCCAUCAUGGGAGAUGAGUGUAUUGAUAUCAGAAAGAAAGAUGACCAGUUUCUCAUUCAGCCAAUUAGAAGAUCUUUCUCAAUGGAUUCAGCACAUGAUAGACAGACAUACUUGGAUGCUCAAGUCACAAUACAACGAAACAGGCACCAGAAUGAGGCUAGUGCCAGUGAGUACUAUAACAGCAGAUGUAGAAGAGCAUUCUUCCCAUUUUGUUAUGGAAAGGGGUCCAAAAAUGCAGUUCUUCCUCUGGAGAAUGAUGUUUAGUGUGAGAAGAUUUUCAUUUUUUUCAUCUCUUUUGUUUUGUGGACAACACCUAGAUGCAGUUAUAAAAAUAUGUUGUUCUUGCAUCAGAAUUGGAGUUUGUGUCUUUUUCUACUUUCAGUCAUCAAAAUGGAGAUCUUCAAGUUUGGGUUGGCUUACUCAUCAUCCAAAUGAAGCAAAGAUCUUUGAAUCUCAGUGGUGAGAAUUGGCAGAAGCAAGCAAAUGCUGUGUGUAGAGUGACUUUUGCAAUGAUAGUGACUUAGUGAGUCUGACAGUGGAAUUGUUGUGAAAAAGAAAAGUAAAAAGCUUUGCUUUUAGGAUUAGUAAUUAGUACCUUGCUUAAAUUGCAAGGCGUGGGUAUUUUCCUUUUCUAAAGUUUGGUUUUACUCUGAGAUGAAUGUAAAUGAUUGUUAGCAGUGUAUGAGUUUCAUACUUAUUCUUUUCACUGGGUAAACUAGUAGUUGAGAGUUAUAA